AGUCACAAAUAUAUUUGGGAAAUAUUAAUGGAAUUUUGCUGCGAACGAGAAUAUGAAUCAAACGAACAUGGAAGUUUAGAAGAAUUGGCGUUGAUACUAAAAGAUUGGACGGUCUGUGUGAGGAAGAAAGACAGGACUUUAAAGAAGCAACGAUGAAUGUGGAACGUUUCGUAAAAAUACUUGCAAGAAAAGUACUAUAAUGAAUAUCAGGAAGAAACUACAAGCAGAUCCAUGUGAACGUAACGAAGUCAAUAUACAAACAUAUUUUUAGGAACAUCUGGAAGAUAUGGUGGAGUCUCCAGAUUUGUCCAAAAUGUCUGACGAAGAACUAGAAUUCUACUACUUCCAAACACACGAUACUGACAAAAACAACAAACUGGAUGGUUUGGAAAUAUUACAAGCCAUCACGCAUAUUUUAGAUGAAACAGAUGUCUCAGGGAAUAUAAACAACGACAGUGACUUCGAUUAUUAUAUAAAUCGAAAAGAACAGGAAAACGAAGAAAGCUUAAGGAAAUACGUUAACAAAAACAAAUAGACGAAUGUAAACGCCAAAAUACCCAUUUCAUAUAAAUAAAUGUGCUACUAACUUUAUAACAAUCCUCAAAAUUUUUUGCGUUUUCAUAUCGAAGUGAAAUGUUGUGACAAUUCAGUUGGGGUUGAAAAACAGUCGAUGAUAUCGGUUAUUGUUAAUUUUUCGAAAAAACAUUAGAACUGUAAAAGCUAGAAAUGAGUACGUAAAGGUGUCCAUAGACGAGAAGGUGUUACCGUCGGAGACUCUUCUUCAGUAAAUCUGAAGAUCCGAAAUAUUCGACCUUGUAAGCAGCAGCCUCAAAUUGGAUUUCAAAGGUGUCUCAUCGUGCCUGGGGGCACUAGGCAACCCCCCUUCAGCAACACCGACCACCAGCUCGGAGGACAUAUCGCACCAACAGUUCAACAUAUUCCCGGCCAUCUUCUCCAGACAGCUGAACUUCAACACUUGCCCCCAAAGUAAGUCCAUGAUGGACGAGCUGAGGCCAAACCUGGUGGGUAUGGGCAACCUCCUAGGGGUUGGUGGACUCCUAGAGGAUCACCACAAUCACCUGAUGAACAACGCGGAGAAGAACGGUCAAAGGAAGUGCAAUACCAGCGGGUCUUCUGCCGAAGAUUUUAGUGCGUUGUACGGUGGUAUUCCUCAUGGGCAUGAUCACCAUACGCCGGCCCAUACUCCUCCAGCUGCCAGUAGGUCCAUCACUGAUCAUAAUGAUGGAGCGUUCAAGAAAUUGAAACCAGAACCAUCGUCGGGCAGUAGUGGAAGUCUUGGCUCCGUUUCACCUGCAGGUCCACAACACGCUGGUCACACACCCACCACAGCAUCUUGUCCCACGCCAGCUAGACGAAGACAUAGAACAACCUUCACGCAAGAACAGUUGGCGGAAUUAGAGGCAGCUUUUGCGAAAAGUCACUACCCCGACAUCUACUGCAGAGAAGAGCUGGCUAGGAGUACCAAAUUAAACGAAGCCAGAAUACAGGUCUGGUUUCAAAAUCGACGGGCGAAAUACCGCAAGCAGGAGAAGCAACUCCAGAAGGCCCUAGCCCCAAGUGUUCUACCCGGCUGCAACGGCGCCAUGAUGAGGAACAUUUACCCUGGAGCAGCCAGAGGCUACCAACCUUAUCCACAUCCUGCUGCCGCCAUAAACCGAUACCCUCAGAUGACAGCUUCAACGUAUCCAGGGAUGGCUCAGUCAUUUUCCAUGUCGCAUGGCUCAAACAUGACAACAGUAGCAGGAAUGAGACAAGAUGCAAUGAGUAUGAGUGCCGAAGAUGACUGGUAUAACAAAAGUCUGUCAGCCCUGAGGAUGAACUCCUCCCAUCAUCCAAAUCUGGCUGCACCCAUGCUGCAAUACCAAACGUAAUGAUGAACCAUUUCGGAAAGUACUUUCAAAUAUUAUAGUAUAUCGGGCAAUAUUACUCAUCAUAUUGUACAAGAUGUUAAAGAAUUUUCGUUUCUCCAAAAUUAAUCACAGAUCUCCGAGAAGAAAUCUACCCAAAAAUGUGUUUUUUGGAAGAGAGAAACUUAUUUAUUUAUUAUUAUCAUUUAAUCACACGAAUAUGUAGAAAUAUAAAUGCAAAAUUAAUUCUUUGAUACAUAUUUUUUAUUAUUUUAAUGGAAUUUUGUUUCAAAGAUGAAAGAAUGUUAAGAAACGAAACGAACUUAACUAGGACCUAGAUUCCCGAAGGAUAUGUGAAAAAAUAUAUAAAUUUCUGCAAAAAAAGCGCCUUUGUGGCACUGCAGUCUUAACAUAGCCUUUCAACGCAAAAAAAAGAUCAUCUUCAUGAACCGGAAUGAUUUUGUCUCUUGUAAAAUACGAACGUAUAUCAAUGUUUUAAUAUAAGGAAAAAUUCGGAAGAAGCCUUGAAAAUACCGAAUUAUCAAAAAUUGAUGAGGGUAUUCACGAUUUCUACAGAUUUUGAGAAAUGAGUGGACAAGAAUAACACAAAGUUUUGUAAGAUGCCGAAAAUUGUGAUUUUGGAAUUUUCAAGGAAAUACUUUCGUUUUAUAUAUGUAUAUGUGCUCCUCAUUCUAAGAUUUCGAUACUGUGAAUGUCUAGAAGAAUAUCGUUGAAUUUUUGAUAAGAAUACCUACCACUAUGAGAUACCUUAUGUAAAAUAAUUUCCGGUAAUUUAUAGUUUGUUAAGUGUUAUAUUCGACUUGUAUGUAUUUUGUGUAUGUUCCUUCUUUCGAUUAGAUAGGUUAUAUUCAUGUAAAAUUGUAAAUACUAUGACAUUAAAACGAUUAAUAAAAAAUUGUGAAUAAGA